GUAUUCUGCCGGGCUCCUGGGACGGAGACCUAGAGGCCGCCCGGUUGUGCCUGGGGUGAAGGCCGAGGACUCUGGGCGGGGAUGAAACACGCUCCCGGUGGAGGCAGGGGAGCCGCGCGGAGCCAUGGCCAGUACAGUGGUAGCAGUUGGGCUGACCAUUGCUGCUGCAGGAUUUGCAGGCCGUUACGUUUUACAAGCCAUGAAGCAUAUGGAGCCUCAAGUAAAACAAGUUUUUCAAAGCCUACCAAAAUCUGCCUUCAGCAGUGGCUAUUACAGAGGUGGAUUUGAACCCAAAAUGACAAAACGGGAAGCAGCAUUAAUAUUAGGUGUAAGCCCUACUGCCAAUAAAGGAAAGAUAAGAGAUGCUCAUCGACGAAUUAUGCUCUUAAAUCACCCAGACAAAGGAGGAUCACCUUACAUAGCAGCCAAAAUCAAUGAAGCUAAAGAUUUACUAGAAGGUCAAGCUAAAAAAUGAAGUAAAUAUAUGAUGAAUUUUAAGUUCAUAUAAAUUUAUGCGUACCAACUUUUUAUAAUAAAAUGCCUCAAAUAAAGUUUUUAAAAAUGAUUCAGCACAAAUAAGCUAAAGCAAAGCUUUGGAAUAUUUUAUUUAGCUUGAGAACAUUACGAAUAUUAGAGUAUUUGGAGCUAGUAUUAAAUGACAGGUGUACACCACUUGAAUAUAUUUGCUUAUUUAGUAAAUAA